CCGCUAAAUAUCGUCAACCUCUCUCCUCUCCCCAAAAAUCUCACAGAGUCCCUUCAUACCACUCUCUCUCCAUCACCUCUGUCCUCUCCUCCACACCCUCUACCCCCAGCAGCCUCCCCACGCACUCCGUGGGAUCGACGAAAGCAAGGCCGAGCUUCCCGCCUCCUUCAGCGUACAUCGGCCAUCGACGGGAACGGAGUAAAGAGGUACUCCAGCACCUGUCUGUGCUCGCCCCGGCAAAGGAAGCGUACGUUUAGGACGAAGCCAAAAAUCGCACUCGGCACCGAAAUCGUCAAGCACUGGGGGAAAAUUCAACGACCGGCGGGUCGAUGAGAACGGAGCGAGGACCCAAGCCGACGCCCGAAAUGAGCACAAAUGGCCAUGCACCAGCCCCGGUGCCUCAGCAGAAAAAGGGAUUCUUCAGGCGAUUGUCACUUGCAUCGGGCGGUAGUAACAGCACGGCGCAAGUCCAGCCUUCGAAUAAGCUAGGAAAGCGAAACAAGGAGAAGGAGACGCAGGUCCAAGGUCAAGCGUAUGAACAGCUGGAUGCGGGGUCUGCUCCGAGUGGCUUCAAAGUCACGGCGGAUAUGAAGCGCACAAAGAGCAAAGAUCGAGGUUUCUGGAGUAGAGGUGACAAGAGUACAACCCCCACCCCAUCUCUUGCCAGCCAAUCCUCCAAGCCGCCAAUUCCACCCCCUGCAACUUCGUCGUACAUCCGUCCAUCAGCAUUCCCAGAGCUGGAUUCGUCUUCUGGGCCGUACCCGAGUUUCCCAACUGCAAACCCCUCUCACCAGCAGCAGCAACAGCAUUCACAGCAGUCAUACAGGCAACAACCCUCUUUUGGUGGCUUUAGCCAGGAGGGACCUUAUCCUCAAAUACGACAGUUUCCUCAGCCGCAAAUCCAUCAGCCUCGAGCCCAGUACCCUCAGCCGCAGCAGCAGCAGCAGCCACAGCAGAUGUACCAGCAACAAAAUCAAUUCAAACCUUUCCGCACGCCGAGCCAGAAUCGUGCACCUGUUCAUCCAGCGUUGGCUUCUUCGCCUUCCCCAGUUUCGACCACUACCGCAUCUCCUGCGCAGAAGGCGGACCCAACAGGAUCGGGAUCAGUAAGGUCGCCUUAUGGAUCUCCGCAAGAUGGGAGGGCCCCACGUGCUUUUGGAGGACCUUCAUUAGGGCAGGAAAAUGUGAGACCGGUGAAUGGUAGGGAGGAAGGAGCGAGAAAGGUGUGGUUAAACGGUGAAGAGCCUAGAGCCCCACCCCAAUUGCAACCCAUAAAUCCGGCACCUCGUUCAUCGAGUCGAACAUAUCCUGUUAUGAGAUCCACACCCCCUCCUGAACCUUUUGUAUCGCCUCCUCCGCGUGCACCCAAUCCUCCUUCUGGAGAACCGAGUAUGCCAAACUCGGCAAACGUGGCGAGCCAUAACCCUAAUGCCAACUCCAAUGGGGAGGGAAGUUGGAAGAUGAUGGCGCCCAUCGCUGCAGCGCGAGCGGAAGCAGGAGUAAAUGGGAAUGCGGGUGUAUCGCAUACGCGAGAGCGGAGCGGUAGUUUACGACCUCAGCCACCACCUCUUAUCAUACCGUCUGACCCCCGACAACCUCAGACUCAAGCCCAAUCAUAUCCUCCUGUCCAACCUCCCCCUCGUAUUCAACCCCAGUCUCAACCUCAACCUCAGCCUCAAUACCAAGCUUUACCCGAAACCCAGAACAUUCAAUCAUCCCAAUCUCAAUCCUUUUCCCAACCACAAGCCCAAAUACAAGGACAAAUCGAACGUUCCCGCCGAGCCGAACAGAAACUACAAGAAGUUCAACGGGGACGGAAUCAGAAUCGGGAUAGCAGGUUUGAAGAUGCAGAGCAUUUCGAAAUUCCUCGAGAGGCGCCACCGGCUUAUACGCCUUCGCCGGCGAGGGAGAGGGUCGUUUCGCCUGUGGCGAGUUUGAGCUUACCGCCUGGGGCGGCACCGGCGCAGGUUGGAGGGCAGUCAUCGCAGGUACAGCAGCAACAGCAACAGCAACGGCAUCAGCAGCAACAGGACUUUACAGUGGCAGCUGCUAGGCCGAAAGAGCCUGAAUCUCAAUCCCAAUCUCAAGCUCAGCCUCAAACGUUUAUGCAGCCCAAUUCCUCAACUCAAUCUCAAAUCCCAAGUCCUAUUACCCCCCGUCCAGCUCCUCCUAUACCCUCGAACUCUUCGCCCACCGUCCUUACCCGCGCCACUCAGUCCCAACCCCAUCCACAAAUUCCUAAUCAGCCUCCUACGACACCCAUUCGCCCACGCUCGGAAACGCCUAGACGAAUGGACAGAGAUGGUCGAGAGCCGAUGAGCGAGGCGAGCAAGUAUGCACGUGCGGUGGCUGUUGCAAUGAGGAGCGAUAGCGUGUCUAGCUCUGAGACUGGGGCUCGUCAUGCCACUGUUACCAGCCGUGGUGUAGGUGCAGGCGCAGGUGUCUGGGAUAUUGCGGCGGAAAAACCGUCCACGCCGAGUAAAAUGGAACGCCUUCAUACGCCCAAAGCAUCAAUGAACUCGCCUGUCGGGUCGGAACAAGGGGACGGUUCACCGAGGAAGAGAGCAUUGCCUCAAGUGCCUGGAGGUGGAGCAUCGGUGGGGCCCGGGGUGGGGGUGAAUCAGAGAGGAAGCAUGAUUGUGCCCAAGGGUGGCAAAGCACCGGCCCAGGUAGAAAAUCAAGUGGAGACGGAAGGGACGCCUGAUAAAAGGUUCGAAAAGGAGAUACGGACGGAGGAACCGCCCAUGAUUAGAGAGGAAAGGCCGGUGCCUGUUGAAAAAAUGGAGAAAGAAGCGCCGCCCUUACCACUGGAAAAGGAUAACCUUCGUCCGCCAGAACCGAUCGCCAAGUCCCCCAAGAUAGAUCGGCCUGUGUCUCAAACAUUAGCUUUCGAGUUCCCUCGCUCACCUACUCUACCUCCCCUUGUCGACCCUCGUAAUGCCCCUCCGUCUUCGACGACGUCACCACUCGCGACCCCCUCUGCUCAUCAGGGUAGCGAACAGGAGCACGACCCGAUUUCGAAAUGGGCGGCAGGGAUGGAGAAGAACAAUGAGACUGUUAAGACUAGUGGCACGCUUCUGAUGCCGUCAUGGGGGGGAGAUGCGCCGCCACCAAGGGGAUCUUCGAUGCAGGGGCUUGGUGUGCCGUCUGGGUUGAGCCAUCCGCCUCCUGGGAAAAGAACAGUGUCUUCGCCAUUGAGCGGCAGGUCUAGCCCCAUGUUUAUGUCGCCUAUCGGUGGCAUGCCCAGCCCCCGUGCGCCAAUCCAGAAUCAAUUGCAAUAUCCAAACCAGAGUUCUCGCUCCGUUUCGCAGCCAUUACCGACGUUGCCCAACAGCAAUUCUAUCCCGACCCUCCCACCUCUUCUUCCUAGUGAACCUAUCCCCGAAUUAGUCCCACGGGGUCCUAGACCAAAGGCGACGAUCACGUUUAUUCUUGCCUAUCCAUCGAUUCAGGCUGCGCUAUUACCGUACCUGCCCAUCAAUUCGUUCUUGUCUUUGACCGGAUCCUCUGAACAAGUGAGAAGGAGAUUCACAGGUGAGAUGGUUGGGAGAUGGGUCAUGAGAGAAUGGGGGAUGGCGGUUGCAAAGGAGAAGGGCGGGGAAGGUGGGAAAGGGGGAUGGCCAAACCUUACAGUUUGGGAGGGAUUCUUGGAAUCACUCUUGCACGAUCCCGCGAGUUUCAGUACUUAUCCCGCUCAAUGGCAUUCGCUCCUCCGACAUCUGUGUCUCUCGCACACUCUUGUUACACUUCACCUCCGUUCUCUUCCUAACAACCUGUUCCCAAACCCUCCGCCCAUGGCAUUUGAGGAUGAUUUUGCCCUUGCCGCGCCCAACUUACCAUUCUCGUUAUCUCACAACAGUCUAUCCAACCAGGGACGACCAAAGUCUAGAGUAAACAGCUUCGUGGGCUCAGAUAGUGGGAGUGUGACCGCGCCGGUGACUCCAAGUGGAGGUAUGAAAAUGCCAAAGGCGGAAAGGCUGGUUGAGAUUGUCAUGCCGGAACCUCUCGCUUCUCGUCCGGCUGAUGAAGUCGACUCUCCGGUUUCCCAACGAUUCCCGCCCAGCGCAGGAUCCAACCAAAUCCGUCGUCGCGGCUCUAAUGGCUCACUUGCGUCAACAGUCUCCAUGCCAUUCAUGCGUAAGAGACCUAGUAGCUCAGCGAUGAGCCUUUCCGAAAUGCCACUCCAUCGAUCGGCUGCUCCUAUGCCAGCGUCUGGCAAGGCCAAUCUGCCGCCUGUGAGUUAUCCCAGCGCCAAGCGCUACGGGUUCAGACGGCACGGUGAGCCCUCCAGGUCGCGCACGAGUCUGAACGAUGGCGCGAGUGGUCGUGCGGGAUCCAUCUUCUCUGUGGCGAGCAGCCCAUCGAUCCAGAAUGCGAGGAUGUGGAGUGCGGCUUCUUCUCGAGCGUCGUUUGCGGUAAGUAAGAAUGCUCCGCCUGUACCCGGUUUCCCAGGUGCAGCGGAUUUGCCGAUGCCACCCCCAAUAGGAGGCGGUAAGCGCGGUAGUUUCUCCUCAUUGAGCGAGCAUGGAAGGUCGAGUCAUAGUGGCAACUCACCUGUGGAUGCGAUGGGUAAGCGGGAAUUGUAUACACCUUCCCCACCUGUUAGCAAACGGAUUGAACCGGCGUUCGACAAGCCCAUGCCUUACUCGUUGGAGAAAGCACCGCUUUUGAGGGUCUUUGUGCCACUGACAGAAGUUGUGCAAAAAUGGCCUUCCGCAGAGGGCGCUGCGGCGGCGGUGAGGGAACUGGAGAAAUGCGGGGCGAUGCGAAAGUUGAAGCUGGGUGAUCUUAUCAUCAACACUGCCAUUCGAGCGCCAAAGACGACGGAGCAUGUCUUGAUCUACGUGCCUUUCACUCAGCAUCUGCUCUUACCCCUUUCGUACACAUUCUCCCCUACUGGACAUCUCCCACCCCUUGUUAACGCGUUCCAACUUCCUCCAUCGUAUUAUUAUCCCUUCCUUCCUACCCCCCAGAUUGUCUACCUCGAUCUCGCUCCCUUUGGAGAAGAAGCUCUCGCCUCGUUGCGUUUGGCGUACGAUAGAAGGGACAUGAUCGUUGCCAGUGGUGCCAGAGUGAGUGCAAAACGAUACUUGCAUGUUGCCGGCUUCCAAGUGAAAUCUGGAGAUGGGACUGAGCCAGGAUGGGAAGGGUUUGUGAGCUUGGAGGGUGAAGGUACGGCGGAAGGAAAGAGGGAUAUUGAGAAGAGGCUGGUUGGAGCGAGAGGCGGUAGGCCGAUUGUGGGACCUUGGGAGGUGGUGAGAGAUAAGUGUAUGGUGGGGAACAUCUGGUUAAAGUUGGUGAAAGAAGAGUAGAGCAGAGUUAUAGACCAGUGGUGAUGUUUAAGGCUCAGAGUAAUCUUGAUACGAUUGAUGAUGUUUAAGGCUCAGAGUAAUCUUGAUACGAUUUUGAUACGGCUCAGAAUAACCUUAAUACGAUUUGAUACGGAUUUUCACGGACACUUUACUGCUUUUAUUAUACAAUUAUUGGCAUGAUCAUGCAUGAUAUCAUGAAGUGG